AGGUAUCCAAUGCCAUUUCUGUCAGAGAAUCGUGGUUGCUUUUGUUGUGAGCCAUCUGUUUCCUAUCCCCAACAGUUUCAAGGUCUUGGUGCUGUGACAAGAACUCUAGGCAGUACACUGCAGCAAUCCACUGGGCACUUCAAUCAAGAUUGCCCAUUAGGCCCUCUGCUACAAGAUAUUCAUUUAAAUGAUAGCUAUAGUAACCAACAACAAUUCUAUGCUUUUGAGAAUCAGAACUCACAAAAUAGUACUCACAAAACUGAGGCAACUGUGAAUCAAGACAUCAAUAUGUUCAUUCCCUCAUAUGAUUGUAAGAACUUUGACAGUGUGAGUUCCUCUGUAAGUUUCCGUGGGUUGCAAAAUCGGGAAAUAGGUGGCAGACUGUCUUCGUCUGCACCCGUGACUUCCCUGGGCUGUAAAAUGAGUGUUUCUCUCGGCGAAGAUCCAAUGUUGAAUGCUAAUUAUUCAGAUUCAAUGGAUUUAGAUAGUGCCCUUGAUGAGCUUGGAAUGCUCAGCACAAUAACAAAUAGCAGAAGACAGUUUUUGAUUGAAUCCCGUGGUCAGGCAUCCCUGAGAAAGAGAGAGCACCGUCUGCGCUCCAAGAGUGAAAGUUCUCCUAAUCUUGCAAGUUUAGGUCGGCCCAAUGGAUAUCAUAUUGUUCAACUGGACACUAAUUUUGUUACCAAUGUGUCUGACCUGCUACCAGUUUCAGACCAAAUGUCGAGCCCAAUGAUCAAUAUUUCACCCCAGAAGUCAGAACACACACGUUUAGAAUACAGAAACCCAGAUGUUUUAGAAGAGUCUGUAAGAAGACGAAGAUCUGUACCUCGCAUGUCUCGAAUGCGCAAGGACCGCUAUAGAAGAUCUCGAUGUCCAUAUAAAAUUCCUAAUAGACUCUGUAACUCCAUGCAAGAAUCUGAUUUUGGCUCUGAAUUCUUUGAAAAUUGUGCCAGUCCAUUUCUUUCUUCAAACUCAACACCUGAAACUAUUGCAGAUACACUAACUAACAGACUCACAGAAGCUCAGCUCCUAUCACAAUCCAAGUCCACCACAGCAUCUCCAGUUAAACCAUGUCAUGAUCUGAGGCUCGUUAGAUCACUCUCUGCUGAGGAUCUCACCCCCAUUCGUCGUCGUUUAGAGCAGGAGCUUAAUGAACAAGCCAGAGAAAGUUCCAAAACUGAGCAGAGUCUGGAUUUGAUGACAUCUCAGAUGACCAAUCUUCAUAUGGUGUAGUUGUAAAAAAUUCAGUUUCGAAAUAGUAAAAAAAAAUACCUACAAUAUUUAUGUGUAUUAAUUACUUCUGUAAAAAUUAAUUUUAUUCAACUUUUCUGGUUUGCAACAUCCAGCUGUGCAGGGAUUUAUAGAUAAAAAAGUUGCACAAUUAUCUGAUUGGUAAAAUUUGAUGCAACUGGUAAGUGGAGUAAAUAGGGC